UCAAAGACCAAUAUGGAAGAUAUAGAACGUCUAAAUAGGAAACUCAUACAUGCUGCCAUAAAUACGUCUGUUAACGAAGUGAAGAAAUAUCUACAUUUAGGUGCUGAUGUUAAUUGCACAUAUGUCGACUCGGGUGACACAGCGUUACAAUUAGCAUGCUGCUGUAACAGAGUGGACAUUGUUCAAAUGUUACUUGAAUAUGGUUGUAAUUUAAACCACCGAAACAAACAGGGUAAAACAGCAUUGCAUUGCGCGGCAGAAUUUGCUACUACUGACAUCAUCAAAGUAUUAAUUGAGUAUGGCUGCAAACCUGAUCAGAUAGAUAACUCGGGUAAAACAGCAUUGCUUUACGCUGCACAUUUUGGUAACGCUGACACCAUCAACGUAUUACUUGAGCAUGGCUGUAAACCUGAUCAGAAAGAUAAUCUUGUAAUACAAGUGACAUAUAAAAAUAAGAAGGUCGAUGCCACUGGUGGAUGA